AUGGAAUGGGUGAGAUUCGAUUUGACAACACGAAAGCAGUCUCUCUUCGAAUUGCUGGAACAUGUACGACUUCCUACUUGUCACCCGAGGUUCCUUGUUGAUACAGUUUCUAAGGACGAACUGGUAAAGUCGGAUGCACGCUGCCGAGACCUUGUGGACGAAGCCAAGGUGGGUAAUAUUCCUGGAAGUGCAAUUACCCGCUUGAUUCCAAUUGUCUCCUAUUUCGGGACUCUCAGCUGCUGGAUUUCUGCAAGAUUGAACGCUUGCCUGACUAUCGCGUUCGACCACGGAAAGUCUUCUGCGGUGAAGUAA